AUGUUGACUCGGUGCGACUCGCUAGGACUAGACGGAGGCGCUACGGCGUCAAACACCGAUCUCGACUCGGACUCUUCGGCCGCCAGUUACAUGUCGGUCGUGUCCGGAGAGUCCGCCAGAAGGGCCUACCUUAAAAGAGGAAGGGGCUCUUCUGACCCGGAGGAGACAAGUGGCGCUGUUCCCGCUAAGGGGGCAGCGCACAAAUCGAAGCGAGGACGGGGCCGGCCCCUCAAUGUAGAGCUAGCCGAUGCUGAGGUGGCCGCGUCGCUGCGCACAGCGAGAGAGGCACGGGCCUCUAUACCAUCUGGCCCGGCCCAUCUCUCGCUGGCGGAACCAGAGGAGGACCAGACCAGUGUUGCCCUCAACCAAUGCGUUGAGGCAUCACUGAGGACAAUACUGGAGGUGGCAACGAAGUCCUCAAACAUCAAGGGGACGCUGGUGAAAGCGCUCAAGGAGGCGGCGGCAAACAUCAAGGCCGCCGUCUCCCAACUUAGAGAGCGAACCAUGUCUGAGGAGGUGGCGCGGCUGGAAGCAGCGAACGCGCGCCUCCAGAGAGAUAUGGAGGAGAUGCGGCGCGAGUUGAAGGAUCUCGACAAGCGUCGACCUGCCCAGCCUGGCGAAGCGGACAUCCGGCAGAUGCUGGAUGAAGUAUCGCGUGCCAACGUUGAAACGUUUGGCACCAUACUUAACGCCAGGCUGGCAGGACUGGAGGAUCGCCUCCUCCCUGAACCGCGGCGCCGGCCCCCGCUGGCAGCGGACAGGAGAGUAGAAGGCAACAACCCCCCCGCUUCGCCCCCUAAGGCGAAAAAGGGGGCGAAGAAGAAGAAGGGACCAGCCGAGGAGCCCCUGCCCACAACAUCGGGCACUGGGGCCCAAGAGCAGGCGUCGACUUCGGCGGCGGCCCCAGGCGAGGCUCCGCCCAAAAAGAAACGGAAUAAAAAGAAGAAGAAGCAGCCGAGCCUGGCUGCUGAAGAGGCCGCACAGGCAAGGGACAGAGCUGCCCCUACGCCUGCCGAAGCCCCGUGGAACAUGGUAGUGUCACGCGGGGCCAAGAAAGCGGCCAAGAAGGCGGCCAAGGGGCCGGAAAAGACUCGCCCCCCCGAAAGAAAGGCCAAGCUACGGGCCCCUAAGACCGCGGCGGUCACCCUCACUCUCGCUCCGGGAGCAGAGGAGAGUGGCGCUACGUACGCCACGGUCUUAGCGGAGGCCAAAAGCCGUAUUAACCUCGCGGAACUUGGCAUCGCCGACGUCAAGUUCCGCAGGGCGGCCACCGGCGCCCGGAUGCUGGAGGUGGGGGGCGAGGCAGCCCCGGAAAAGGCCGACUCUCUGGCCGCUAGGCUCAGAGAGGUGCUCGGCCCGGAGGUGGUCAGGGUCGCCCGGCCGGUGAAAUGCGCAGAAGUGCGUAUCACCGGCCUCGACGACUCUGUCACCGCGGCCGAGGUCGUAGAGUCUGUGGCCAGAGAGGGGGGCUGCGCGGCCGACGCUAUAAGAUCGGGCAGGCUCACCGUCGGCCCGAGGGGAGAUGGCUCACUCUGGCUGAGCGUGCCGGUGGCGGCCGCCAAAAAGGUGACCGACGCCGGCCGCGUGAGGGUCGGAUGGACCUCAGCCAGGGUGGUGCUGCUCGCCUCGCGUCCGACGCGGUGUUUCCGCUGCCUCGAGACGGGGCACAUGGGUGCCAAGUGCCCGGGUGAGGUCGACCGCAGCAAGCUCUGCUUCCGCUGCGGGAAGCCAGAUCACCGGGCACGGGACUGUGUGGCAGACCCGAACUGCCCCGUCUGCGAGGCGGCGGGCAAACCGGCGGGCCACUUGAUCGGCGGCGACGGCUGCGCCACCGCCGGGCAGAGGCCAGCGCCCAAAGGGAGGAGUGCGCCGACGCGAAGGCCUCGGCGCAAGGCCAAGAAGGCCGGAGCGGAGCGGAUGGACACCAGCCCAUAA